GUGCGUAUCAUACCCACCGACCAACAUCGAUAGCCUAUAUAUCUAUAUACACACACGCACACAUACAUACACACUUACAAAAGAGUUUUGAUCAUGUCUCAAUCAACCACCGUUGACCUCCCCGUGACCGUCAAAGAUGCCGUCAAGAAAUUCCGCUUCAAACCCUCGAAAUCCACCAAGGCCAUCUCGGUCAAGAUCGACAAAAAGACCCUGUCCAUGCAGGUAGACGAGGAGCUCGAAGGGUCCAUAGAGGAGAUAGGGGAAGAGUUGCCGGAGAACGCGCCUAGGUAUAUCGUACUGAGUCAUGCGUUGACGCACAAGGACGGCCGAGUCUCAUACCCGCUCGUACUCAUCAACUGGGCUCCCUCAUCUUCCCCGACAGAACUGAUGAUGCUCCACACGUCCGGCUUGCCGCAAUUCGCACAGGUCGCCGAGUGUUCCAAGGUCAUCGAAGUCAGGGACGGAGCAGAAGGUUUCACGGAAGAGAUCAUCAACUCCAAGUUGCUCGGCUAGACACCCUCAAUCUGUCGUGUGAAAUUGAAGGAUCAGUAGCCAGAUGUUGUAUUUGUGAUUUUGUUUCACGUUUUCGUUCGGCGAGCGGGACACCCGGAGAUGCAUACUGUACUCAUGCCGGUGUUUGACAGCGUACAAAACCGAUCAAGUCGAACGAGCAGGUCGAGUCGCACAACUCGUGUGUCUGUACGCAUCAGGUCGUCCAUGACAGUCUUGGCAAGC